GCCAUUGGCUCAAAGAAAAGAAACGGCAGAUAAAACUCUUGUUCCUCGUUGGGACGGUGUUUUCCAUCCCUGAGCAGUUCAGCUGAAUUAUGAGGUUUAGAUUCCUCAUUUGAAGCUUGAGUACAAGUCCACAAAUGAUGUGAUUAAUCGCGAUUAAAGAAAAAAAUGUUGACAGCCCUCCCCGAAUUAAUCGCUGAAAACACUCAGCAGUAUUUGUCAUUUUUUUAUAAAGACUUGAAACUUGAAAGUUUAAAUGUAAAGCUGGAGAGCAGAAGAUAUGUGGUUAGAAUGUCUGUAUUUUCACUAAAGCCAAACAGUUGGUCACAUGUCCAGAAAUCUUCUCUGCUAGCAGUUUCAUUCUGGCUGUUUCUCCAAACCCCCCCACAGCACGGCAUUGAUAGAAACCAGGCAGCAGUUCUCACAGCAGCGUCAGGUUUUGAUUGUUUGGCCCCAAUUGGAGCCUGCUGCGGGCCAGUUUUGGCCCAGGGGCCUUAUGUUUGCCCCCCUGAACUGAAACAGUGAAUGGAUUUCACUCACAUGACUCCCGGCGUUCAGGAUCAAGGACACUUCAACAUGUGGCCAUCGGGAAUCACACUUGCAACCCUCCACCACUGCACCCGGGCCUCAGAGGCCGUCGGCAGAGUGAUCAUGUGGAGCCACCAUGCUGCAGGACGACGGCGGCGGCUCCGCCUUCGCCCCCCUGGUGGUGCUGGAGCUGGCCCCGGACACCAAGGAGGAGGCGGUGGCCUGGCUGCUGAGCAGGAUCAGAGACCCGCAGCACAGUGGAGGCGCCGAGCUGCUGGUGCGGCAGCUGGGCCCCGGGGUGGAGGCCGGGGAGAAGACCAACCCCAACGUGUUCCUGGUGGGGGCGUCGCGGCGGCGGCUGCUGUCCGGGGCCGAGGACCUGGGGCUCUUCAAGGAGUACAGCGACGGCUCCAUGAGGGGCUUCACCUGCGCCAACAAGCUCAACUUCCAAGGCUUCACAGGGGACGGAGACGACUUCCUGAGCGUGGCCGAGUGUCAGUACAUCGUCAAACACGAGCUGGACACCCUGCGAGCCAAAGAGGAGACCCAUGUCCCGGGACACAGCCAGGCCAAGCUCUACCCGGGGAAGUCCAUCGUUCGUAGACUGCAGUCCAAAGGCAUCUUGGUCCAGAUGUUUCCUCUCCAUGAGAAAGAAGAGCUGAAGAGACUUUCUUUCUCCUGGUAUAAGAAGGUCAAGUUGGCCUUCCAGCCUCUUGACGAUAUCAGGCACUACUACGGCGAGGGCCUGGGCCUCUACUUUGGCUUCCUGGAGUACUUCACGCUGGCGCUGGUGCCCAUGGCGCUCGUCGGCCUGCCUUACUACCUGUUCGACUGGGAGGACUACGACAAAUAUGUUGUGUUUGCUGCUUUCAACUUGGUCUGGUGCACGAUCAUCCUGGAGCUGUGGAAACAGUUCAGCGCCUCUCUGGCGUUCCGCUGGGGCACCCUGAGCAGAAAGAGGGCCUUCGAAGAGCCGCGCCCCGGCUUCCACGGCGUCCUGGGGUUCAACCCCGUGACGGGGCGCGAGGAGCCGGUGUACCCCGCGGCCAAGAGGCACGUGCGCAUCUACCUGGUGUCCGUGCCCUUCGUCCUGCUGUGCCUGUACCUGUCGCUCCACGUCAUGAUGAUCUACUUCCAGAUGGAAGGCUGGGCGCUGACGCUGCACGACCAGGACCCCACCUUCUGGACGGGCGUUCUGGUCUUCGUGCCCAGCGUCAUCUACGCCGUGGUCAUAGAGAUCAUGAACCUCAUCUACAGAUACGCUGCCGAGUUCCUCACUGAGUGGGAAAACCACCGGCUGGAGUCUUCCUAUCAGAACCACCUGGUCCUCAAGGUGCUGGUGUUCAACUUCUUCAACUGCUUCGCCUCCCUGUUCUACAUCGCCUUCGUCAUGCAGGACAUGGUGCUGCUGAGACAGAGUCUGGCCACCCUGCUGAUCACCAGCCAGAUCCUGAACCAGGUGAUGGAGGCCUUCCUGCCCUACUGGCUCCAGAGGAGGCGCAACAAGAAGAUGAUCCGCAGGGUGCAGAAGAGGCGGACUCUGGGGGAGCAGGAGCUCCCCCUGGAGGAGCAGGUCCGGCUGGAGGCCGACAUGAGCACCUACCUGGGCACCUUCGACGACUACCUGGAGCUCUUCCUGCUGUUCGGCUACGUCAGCCUGUUCUCCUGCGUCUACCCGCUGGCCGCCGUCCUGGUGGUCCUCAACAACGUGACGGAGGUCUACUCCGACGCCUUCAAGAUGUGCCACGUCUUCAAGAGGCCCUUCUCCGACCCCGCCGCCAACAUCGGCGUCUGGCAGCUGGCCUUCGAGGCCAUGAGUGUGAUCGCUGUGGUGACGAACUGCGCCCUGAUCGGCAUGUCUCCUCAAGUCAAGGCCUACUUCCCCGAGUCGGACACACAGCUCAUCCUGUGGACCGUGGCCAUCGAGCACUUCCUGCUGGCCGUCAAGUUCAUCCUGACCUUCCUCAUCCCCGACGUACCCAAACACAUCCGGAUCAAACUGGCCCGGCUGGAGUUCGAGUCCCUGGAGGCCCUCAAGAGGAAGAGACAGCUCCAUGGAGGAAAAUGCUGGAAGCCUCGGAGCUCCGGAAGGGGGGCCAGUGAGGACCUGAGGCUCCACAGAUACUGACCCCGGCUCGGCUCUGCGCACACACACACGCACACACACACACACACACACACACACACACAUACACACACACACACACACGCUGCUUCCACGGCAGAGCCACAUCUGUCCCAGAUGUGCUGCUUUGAACGAGCUGUACUGUGGAGGGGAGCCGCUGUAAACAUGGUGUACUGUAGAAAGGACGGAUUUAUUCCGGAGAAAGUUUUUACUUUAUGCUUGGCUUUCUGCUCUUCAGCCACUGAAGCCACUCCUGUCUUCUGGGACGAUGCAAUUUUUUGAUCAUUAGCUAAACUGCUGUCGAGUUUGUUUCCAAAUGAUAAACCGAGAGGAUGAAGAGCGCCGACAAGGGACGAAGAGGAUGAACUCCAUGGAACUCCAUUUAGCCUUUAGCGCAAGACAAUCUGAUACAGCGGGAGACCAGCACACUCCACACUGGUCCCAGCUGGUCCCGACAGGUCCAGGUGGCUUUAAGAUACGCCCCUUUUGGUACGAGACACACUCAACACAGGACAGGUCUCACUUUAAGUCACGUUCAUUUCUACUUGACCACGCCCUUCGUUUAGGCCACGCCCCUAAGUUCAGACCACACCCUUUAGGUAUUGGACACAGGCACUUAGUAACAAACAAAUUUAUUCAGGGCACACACAUUCACCACUAAAGACAAGAUGAGCACCCUUAAAGACACACCCGUUUCAUUUAAGACACACCCCUUUGAUUUAGGACACGCCCCUUUCAUUUAAUAUCUCCUCCUCAGCAAUAAACCCUUGUUUUCUCAGAAAUCCACCUCCAGUCAUUAGAAGUGAGAUGAGCUGGUUUCAUUUCCAGAACUUUCCUCUUCGGUUCAUUGGGCGUUCGACGCCUUUAACGCUGGACGUCUGGUUUUAUCGACGGACAAAAGGACACUUCAGGAUUUUUGUUUUAAAUUUAACAGUCUUUGACACUCUCAGUUAUACUGAAAUGUCGAUUCUGUCCUGAUCUUCAUGCUUUUUCAGCUGGUUUUGGUUUGAUAACUGUCCUGAGCGUGAAGUCGGACAAACACGGAGGGGGAGAUGAAGCUGUUAUUUGACACCGGACUCGUCCAGCCUGGAGUUUCAGCCCGUCUGAUGACGCUCUGCAGCUUCUUCACGCUCAAAGCUUUUGAUCCUCCAGUCCGGAGCUGAGGCUGUAAUUACAGGCACCAGUGGAAAGUCGUGUUCUGUAUCUAGAAGGAGGCGAAUCGUUUUCCUCAUGCUUCAGUUUGAACAGUAUUCUGAAAAAACCCAGAUUUAAAACUUAUGAUGAGAACCUUCAUCACAUUACGGAACAUGAGGAGCUCUGGUGUGAUCAACAGUUCAGGUUAGAAAUUAUUAGGUUUUUUUCUUUAUCAUGUUUACGUCUAACCAGCUAACUUAUGGUCACGAGUUCCACGUUCCAAUGUGAUGAAGCUUCCCAGAGGACCAUCCUCGUCUCAGAACAUGAAGCCGUUCAGCUGCCCUGCGAGAACCGCUCAUGAAGACACGAUAAAGAUAAAGCCUUCACAGUGUGGCGUGUUGUGGUUUGUUACAGGACUGUUAUGAAUAACCAGUGUGACGUGACGCUUUUAAGUUUUACAUGAUAUCAGUGUUCCUCACCAUGAUGUGGCGUCUUAACAUGUUCCGUCAUGACUGUUGCUUCAUGGGUCACGGUUCAAACCUGGCGUUACUUCCUGUCACGUUAUGCUAUGCUAGCAUUAUGUUUUGUGUUUUUCCCGCCGUGGCCGUGACUCCACAGAUAUGCAUGCCCACCAGGGAUCUGGUUCAGCAUGUGUGCUCGCCUCCACCACCCGGUGCCUUCAGAUGUAACCUGUGCGUCUGCAGUUAGCUUCUGACGCUAACGCUAACCGUAUGAGAACAUGUGACCUGCCGGGCUGAAAUAAACCACACAUAAGGAACAACGCGCCUGCUGGCGGCCAUCUUGCCGGGGUGGACCUGCUUCCACAGCACAGUGCGGAAUGAAGAAGUGAUCAUAAACCGAUCGGUUUUCAACUCUGUUCCAGUUUAUUAUAAACAUCAGACAUGGAGGACACACAGACACAAACAACGAGAUGAACGCUUUCAGGCAGAGUGAGGCUUUUACUGAGAGAACUGGUUUAAGGAUUUAUAUUGCACUUGAUUGAUUUUAUGAUUCUGAUUAUAUUGUAUUUUUAUAUUGAUAUAUUAAUAUUGCUAUUGUCAGUCUUAAUCAUAGACCUAUCACUUAUAUAUUAUAUUAUAUUAUAUAAUUUUGAUUCACAGCCUCUGACAUGUCUGUCUCAUUAAAACCAUCAGCAUAUCUACAAACUACUAUAAACUACUAGAACUAUAAAAUACUGGUUUAUUCUUCGGGCCAUGGCGUCCAGCAGCAGUGUCUCUCAUCCAGAUUCAGUCUGAUCUUCCUCCAGUCUUCUUCUUUUGGUCGGGUUUAACGUGCACUGAAGUCAAUUCACUUUUGGGAAAAAUAAAAGCUGCAAUUUCUACAAUUUCAACCCCAAAAAAUCCAGAGGAAAUAAAAUAUCUAAAAGCUUAAAAUGUAUCUGAAUGAUGUAUUUCAGCCAAAAGAGGGUCUCAAGUUAGUUAUUUCUCUGUAAGCAGCUGUAAGCACCAGUAUUAUGUUGAAUAAUGUGAAGUGAGCUAUAUUUUCUGUGGAGGCAGAGUGAAGGGUGUCAAUCUGUCCCGUCUGGGUUUAUUUCACUAUUUAACAAGCAGCUCUCUCCAUGUUAUUCUUUAUAAACUAUUUGCCAGUGAAAAGUGAUUCUACAGUAUCUGGUUUAAUCAGAACAUCCAGGGGGACAAAAAAAUCCUGCAUCUUUUCCACUUAUAUUGGAUUUUUGUUUUAAAACAUCCACGCACCCUGUGUCAGAGCCACACGUGUGACGUUAACAAAUCAAAUCAUUUGGAAUCCUGGAAAAUUCAGUGAAUAAUUCUACUUUUAAGAUGGCGAAGCCCUGACCUCCAUCCACUUUAACGCACUGCCCCCCUCUCCAAGAUGGCCGCCACGCAAGCACGUCUCUCCACACGAACGAGGCGUCUACCUAUAUGAUGUCUGUGAAAUAAA